AUGGGCGGCGGGCGGGAGCACGUUUCCUGGGCGCACCACUUGCAGUCCCUUUCAAGGUCGCCCCCACCGGCUGGUCUCCCGCCGCCGUCACCGACCGCUCAACACCGACGCACGGAUAUUAUCGUCGCAGUUUCCCGCAAACGGUCGGCAGAUGGCACAGUGAUCGUUCAGUUCUCGUGUCGUCCGGUCGCGUGCUGCCGUCCUGCUGCUCUCCGUCAUCCACUCGGCGUCUCAGUCGUCGAUCCCCCGUUUACCUCCUUACCGAAGUGUUGUGCGUUCGCCGACGGCACGCAUUCGACAACUGCCAAGUCACCGGACAGACGAUCGCUCCACUCGCCGGAGCACCGACGUUCUCGUCUUUUCGAAAUAUCCCAAUCGCUGCAGCCACCCCUCAAGUCCGGAGAAAACCGCGGUGAAUUGUUACCCCCGGACCAACCACCGGCGUGA